AUGGCGCCGAGCACAGACUUUCCUCCCGUCCGCGCGUGUCUCUUUGACAUGGACGGCCUCCUCCUGGACACCGAGGACCUCUACACGCAAAGCGUCAACGCCGUCCUGGCGAGAUACGGCCGCCCCCCUUUGCCGUGGUCUGUCAAGUCCAAGCUCCAGGGUCGCCCCGGCCCCCAAGCCAACCGCAUCUUCGCCGAGUGGGCAAAGCUGCCCAUCACCAUGGACGAGUACACGGCCCAGCUGCACGUCUUCCAGCGGGAGCUGUUCCCCCGCGCGAAGCCGCUGCCCGGCGCGGCCGCGCUGCUGGCCAACCUGCCCCCCGGGGCCAAGGUCCAUGUCGCCCUCGCCACGAGCUCCCACGCCGCAAACUUCCGGCUCAAGACGGCGCACCUGCACGGCUUCUUCUCCGCAUUCCCAGAGCACAGGCGCGUGCUCGGCGACGACGCCCGCCUGCAGCCCGGGCGGGGGAAGCCUCUCCCCGACAUCUUCCUGCUAGCUCUGCAGACCAUCAACGACUCUCUGCCGGCGGGCGAGGAGCCCGUCACGCCUGAGGAAUGCCUCGUGUUUGAAGACUCGAUCCCGGGCGUCGAGGCGGGCAGGCGGGCCGGCAUGCGCGUCGUAUGGGUUCCGCACCCAAAGCUCAAGGAGGAGGUUGCCGGUCGCGAGGACGAGAUCCUGGCGGGACGGGCUGGCGAGGCGGGAGACGUGGACAUGCAUCAGGUGGGAGAGGUGGGAGAUGGCUGGGCCGAGGAGCUCGCUACCUUGGAAUCGUUUUCCUAUGAAAAAUACGGCAUCGCCGUCCCCGCCAAAGCCACGGCGAACUGA